UGCGCGCACAUGACAUAUAACAUAUAUAUGUUGUUACUCUAUUCCACUGCUCUUGUACUUCCAAAAAAUUUUUUGUAUCACAUGAAAAGUGUAUACAAAAUACACUGAGCGUAGCAGUUAGGAAAUUGUACGAAAAUUUUGUUUUUUCUAUAAUAUCACAAAAUAAUUGGAAAUAAAUAACAGCCUUGCCUUUCUCGUGCUAGACUUUCUCGAAAGAAAGGAUGAAGGAAAAGUUUAUUAUUAGGUCCGGUUGUGUAUGUAUAAACAGUCUUGUUUUUUUGCAAGUGAAUUUAAUGCCUGGUUACAUCAAAGAAAUAUAUUACCUUCAAUAGUGCUUCAAAUAGUGAAUAUUUAACAAACAGUAAAAAAUAAUAAUGGGGGCAAAGAGCAGAAUGCAUCCUUCUGCUCACCGCAAAUCCAGGAGAGGAGGCUGGCUAAAAAGACGGCAAAGGCUAAAGCAAAUGCUUUUGCAAAAUACAACGCAAGCUGAGAACGAUCAGAAUACUGAGACUGCACAAAAUACUGAGAAUGCAACUAAUAUUCAGAUGUUUGUUGCUGAUGGAAUCCUGUCUGAUCUAACAGUCAAUCAAGUUCAGGCAAGGCUAAGGCAAAUGCUUUUGCAAAAUACAACGCAAGCUGAGAACGAUCAGAAUACUGAGACUGCUCAAAAUACUGAGAAUGCAACUAAUAUUCAAAUGUUUGUUGCUGAUGGAAUCCUGCCUGAUCUCACAAUCAAUCAAGUUCAGGAAGAAAAAGCUGAUUACGAGAAACCAAUAGAGGCAUAUGAAGAGGAAAGCAUAUGUAAUGAAAAUAUCGAAUAUUGCAAAAAUGAAGAUUUAGAUAUAGAUAACGAGUGUGUUUUGGAUAACGAAGAAAAAGAAGAACAUGAAGAUGAAAACACAUACAAUGAAAAUAGUGAAAAUUGUGAGGAUAAAGAGGAUUUAAUUAUAGACAACGACUAUUUCUCAAAUAGAAUACCUGAAGGCCGUUUCAUAGUGGAUUUCUCUUUUAUAUGGAAAGAGAUGCAUCGGCUAUUCGAUAAUCAUGCACAAAAGCCAGAAUGCCAGUUCAAAUAUUGGCAACUUAUAAAUUUUUAUCGUCGUGGAUUAUUAACACAAUUGAUGUUUCAAUGUCAAAUAUGCAAGUUGCAUGCAAGUUUUUGGACAGAACCUAAGCAUUCGGAAAAAGGUAUUAAUGUAGCUGCUGCAGCUGGAUGUGAUGAAUCAGGAAUUGGUUAUUCUCAAAUGAAAAAAUUAUGUACAGCUAUGGACAUUAAAUGUUUGUCUCGGUCGAGUUAUAAAGAAAAUCUAAAGAAGUUACCUCAUAAAAAGACAGUUAAGAAUACUAAAGCAGAAUCUUUUUGAAACUAAUUACAGAGUACAUUGUGCAAGUCAGAAUUACAUUAUAGUUAAUAUAUAAGUAAUUUUUCAUUGUAAAUAAAAUAUGCAUAUUUGUGAAUAUUAGAAUCUUAUGUGACUGAUGAUUAAUUGUAAAUAAUAGAUUAUAAAAUAUUUUUUUGUUUCUAUUUGA